AUGUCAGACAAAGAGCAUUUUAGCACGUGUCUCAUCCUUAAGUUCAGACAGCGUUUUUGUCAUACGGAUCCACAAGAAAUCUGGUUCAUUUCGAAUCAAUCUUCCUCUCAAUUUCUUCAAGUUGGAAAUUUUUUUCAUUUUUACUUUCUGGGUUGCUUCGAAAAUCUUGAGGUUGGAAUUGUGAUUUGAUAUCACAAAAAAUGGUGAAGGAAACUGCUUACUAUGAUACAUUAGGUGUUAGUGUUGAUGCUUCUGCUGCAGAUAUCAAAAAGGCUUAUUAUGUUAAGGCAAGAAUUGUUCACCCUGAUAAAAAUCCUGGGGAUCCCAAGGCUGCAGAAAAUUUUCAGCUGCUUGGUGAGGCCUACCAGGUUUUAAGCGAUCCUGAGAAGCGUGAAGCAUAUGACAAAAAUGGAAAGGCAGGCGUGUCACAAGAUGCCAUGAUGGACCCUACAACUGUAUUUGGAAUGCUUUUUGGAAGUGAAUUUUUCGAAGAAUAUAUUGGAAAACUUGCACUUGCUUCUUUAGCAUCUAUAGAAGUUGAGGAAGAUUCCCUGGAGCCUCAAGUUCGUAUGCAGAAAAUUCAAGAAAAGAUGAAAGUAUGGCAGAAGGAAAGAGAAGAGAAGCUGAAAUCGGUUUUGAUAGACCGUCUGCAACCAUUUGUUGAUGGUCGAGAAGAAGAAUUUACAACAUGGGCAAAUUCUGAAGCACGUAAUCUUUCAAAAGCUGCUUUUGGAGAGGCCAUGCUACAUACAAUCGGUUAUAUCUACACACGAAAAGCAGCAAAAGAGCUUGGAAAGGAUAUUCGGUUUAUGAACGUCCCCUUCUUGGCAGAGUGGGUUCGAGACAAAGGACACCGUAUAAAGUCACAAGUGACGGCAGCUUCAGGAGCUGUGUCUCUAAUUCAAAUACAAGAAGAGCUCAAGAAGCUAAAUCAAGGAGAAAAUAAAGAAGAAAACAUAAUGAAAGCUCUUGAAGAUAAGAAGGAUGCCAUGAUUAAUUCCUUAUGGAAGAUUAAUGUCAUUGAUAUUGAAUCAACUUUGUCACGUGUUUGUCAAGCAGUUCUUAAAGAUCCAAGUGUGUCCAAAGAUGUUCUGGUGUCUCGGGCCAAAGCAUUGAAACAGUUAGGAACGAUCUUUCAAGGUGCUAAGGAUGCUUUUAGGAGAGAAAACAGUCUACGCCAAGAAAAUGAGAAGCAGGUGGAAGCUGGUUCCGCAUCAUAGUCAUCUUGUUCAGCUUGCUCAGUAUGUCUGUUUAUUGAGUUAAUCAUGUUCUUGUGGCCUCUUGGCUCUGAAUGAAAUUUGAACCUUAUUUCUUCUAUUGUAAAGAAAAAAACUGAAGAAAAAAAAAAAAGCUGUUACUUUUAAUUGGCAUGAUAUAUACUUUCACUUUGACUUGUGAAUUGGACACCAUAGUCCAUUCUUUCUGCAAUUAAUGACUUGUGUUAUUACAAAUCAAGUGUCCAUCCUAAAUUCCUAUUUCAUUGUCCAGAGGAUAUGUAGAUGGAUGGACAUUCUUUGUGGAUUGGCAGAUUUUCAUUAUUGAUUUAUUGCUUUUGUUGUGUGUAA